UUUUUUUAUAUUUGUGUUGAUUACAUAUUUUGGUAAUCGAAAAAGUUGUCAAAAUUUAGUAAUGUCCAAAAGAUUUGAUUACUCUCAAUAUGGACCAGAGCAGUCCUGCAAUGAUAUUGGAACCAAUACUAUGCCAGACGAAGGUAGGCUUUGCAGCAAAUGUGGCAGAGUUGUUUCCAAUAACCUACAUUAUUUUGAAAUGUCUGAAAAUCCAGCAAUAAAUCUUGCGACAACAGUACCUAUAGUUUCAGAUCAAACAAAAUAUUCAGACGAAUUAAAGAAUCUCGAUAUUCAUUCACAAGACAAGAAGUUCUUACUUUCAAAGGCAAGUAGCGAACCUGCUAAAUACUAUGGAUCUUCAAAGAGAAUUAUAAAGAAGAAUAUAUACAGUGACCUAAAAGCAUCUCCUUCUCAAAAGCGUGCAGCUAUCGAAAGAGAAAGACGUAUGAAGGAGCAAAUGCAGCAAUCUGUGGUUACAGUCACUACAGUCGACACAAAAAAAAAUUUAAAUGGGGGAAGUGAUGUCGCCAUUGAUUCUGUUCUGCCAGAGAUCAAUGGAAAAUUGCCGCAGGAGCAUGAAAUGGCAACUCCCAUAUGUGAAAAGCCGCAAAUGAAAAAGAAGAUUUGUAGAAAACGUAAUAAACGCAACACUGGUGGUGAUUUUGAGGAGGAGAAGGAUAUUGAUAACAAAUCUAAUAAUUCCUCUAUACCUGAAAACCCAAAAAAUAAAGUAGAAAUACAAGAUGGACCUUGCAAAGCAACUGUAACUGUACCUAAGAAGAAGAUUAUAAGGAGGAGGAAGAAAAAUGUAUGCAAUAAAUUUCGAUACGUUAUAGAGACCAGUAUCCCCUUACCAUAUGGAGAAUUCACUGUUAGUGUGGAUAAGAAUUCAAUAACUCGAUGUGCUGAUUCUGAAGAUGAAUCGAGUGAUUGCUCUUGCGAUGAAUGUCAAAAGAACUGCAAGAGAGGUUUGAAUAAUAAAAUUUUUAUUAGAAGAUAUAAAAAUAAAAAUGCCUGCAAGCGUGCAAGCAAACAACGCCGAUGAAGGUGGAUUGUGCAUUCCUGUAAACCACUUUACAGGAUCAACUCUAAAUUUAAAAUAUUCA